AUGAGGUUCUCUAUAUGGAUUGUCCUGACACUCUUCACAAAUACCCAUGCUUUGCUGGCAUCCUCAGAUUUGAAACGGCAAAAUGAAUGCACUGCCGCCACAACCGACGAACUCAUCUUCAAAACUGAUAUUGAGGCUUUUAGUGCGGCUCGCGAGGCCAGAGAACCCCCUUGUUUUGACUGGUCGUCCGAUGACUGUACCAUGGCUCCAGAUAUGCCAGCAGGAUUUAAUUUUGAGCCGAGCUGCAGACGACAUGAUUUUGGUUAUCGGAAUUUCGGCGCACAGGACAGUACUCGCAAGCAGCUGUAUGACAUUCUAGGCAAGCAUUGUUUAUUAGAGUACUUGCUUACCCGGCAGCAGCAGGAUGUCCGUCUUUACCAGGCUUAUCCUUCUCCUAAAAACAAGCCCGAAACGGACGUUGAUAUUAUUACUAUCUAUAGCCUUGACACAGAGUCGCCGGAUAUUUAG